AUGCCGAGAACCCUGCCCUGGCUUCGGGCACAGGAUUACACCCAGGUUAAGAGAGAGUCACCACCGCGAAAGCGGGUGAAGACUGAAGCCACUCCGGAUCCUGACAUCACACCGCAGAACCUCCCAGUCUCCCCCGAGAAGCGCGACUUCUUCAGGUUCUUACUCGAGGGCCUCGAACGUGAUGAUGGCUGGGUCAUGGUAGAGGAUGAAUUUUACGCCAUCGCUCAAACAUUUACCCAACAUCUCCAUUAUGCGGAGUACCUACGCCGCCGAAAAGAAGUCAAGGUUGAAAAUGCAGCCGCAUUUGGAGUCAUUGAAAGACCCACAGAUGGCCGCACGCCGCUUUCCAAAGAGGCUCAACGACAACGAGAGCGUGAGGCCUUUAGGCAACGUCAGAAGGCUGGCUUAGCUCAGUUAUAUGGCCAGAAACCCAACGAGGUGGAUGAUCGUGACGAAGAUGACGCACGGUGGGCUGGAACGCACUUGCAUGACCUCAUGACCAGCCCGAGGAAAUCACGGUCCCUGGCAGGAACCCAUAUGUUAAAGUCGUCCUCAAAAGCUGCAGCAGGCUUUUCCCAGACCGGACAGGGACGUACGGGCACUAGGCAAGGUUCAGUGAAUAGCACCGGAAGCGCCAAGACAGCAGCAUCCCAAAUCGUCGAGCUGGAUGAAGAGACAGCGUCUGAUUCAGAUGACGACCUUGAUAUCGCGCCCAAGGCGAAUCGGCUACCGGUCCUAAAGAAUACCCGCUCGACACGACAGAGACAUCAGUUUGACGAUCAGGAUACGCCUCGCGCAAAACUACGGAAAAAGCCUACAUAUAACUCAAAAGGCAAGGCGGCGAAUUCUCGGCCUGGGUACAAAUCAAGAGUUCAAUCACUUUUUGAUGACCUCGAUGAACUGCCAGAGCCAUCUGAGCCAAUUAUUUCUAAUCUCAACAAUGUCAAAAGACCGCCUUCCACCAGGAAGGACAAGUUUGGAUAUAAUGAAGUUCCGACCUUUCUUGUAUGA